AUGUAUUAUCGUAUAUUUCGUAUUUGUUUUUCUCGUUAUUUUCAUAGUAAAACACGUUUACCUCAACUUGAUUUUACUAAACCAACAAGUGAUCGUUUAAAAAAAUUAUCUUUGAAUGAACCAUCCUCUACAGAUAAUCAAUCAUUAUUAAAAGUUUCACUUCGUGGUCAAUGUUUAUUUGGUUUAUAUCCAAUAGAAUUAGCACUUAAAACAAAACGUCGACAAUUUUAUCAAUUAUUUCUUAGUGAAACAUCAAAUGAAAAUCGUCCAGUACUUGAAAAUAUUCAACAGUUAGCUGAACAAUUAUCAAUACCAAUAAAAUAUGUUAAUACACAUGCUCUUGAUCGUCUAUCAUUUGAUCGUCCACAUCAAGGUGUUUGUCUUGAUUGUUCAUCAUUACCUAUUCAACAUAUAGAACAACAAACUAAUAUUCAACAAAAUUCAACUAAAAUCUCUGUUGAUUUAUGUCUUGUUAAAAUUCAUGAUCCUAUGAAUUUAGGUGGAAUUAUUCGUACAGCACAUUUUUUUGGUAUUGAUAGAAUUAUUUUAACACGUGGAACAUGUCAACCAUCACCAGUUGCUAGUAAAGCUAGUUCAGGAGCACUUGAAUUAAUGUCUAUUUCGACAUGUAAUGAUUUAAAAACUUAUUUAAAUGUUUUACAUGAACAAAAAAAUAUUGCUGUAGUUUGUGGAACACAUAAAGGAAAUAUGCCACUACAAAUUUUACGUUUAGACGAUAUGAAAAAGAAUUGUUUAAAUUCCAAUUUACAACGUAUUAUUGUACUUAUCGGAAAUGAACAUGAAGGAAUUCCAGAAGAAAUAACUGAAAUGUGUCAUUAUAAUGUUUGUAUUCAACCAAAUGCUGAAAGUGAAAUAUCGUCAUUAAAUGCAUCGGUUGCUUGUGCUCUUUUUCUUUAUCAUAUUACCGCACAAAUCAAUAUUUAG